GACCUGUUGCAGGGGGGGAAAGCUUCGAAAGAGGUAAAGGGGAGGCUCUCCCCUCCUCCUUCCUUCCCCUCUUCUUUUCCCUCCUCUCCCCUUUCCCUCCCUUCCUCCUCCUCCUCCUCCUCUCCCUGGUCCUAACUUGGGACCUUGGCAGGGGAAAAAUAAAAUAAUCCUAGAAAGAGGAUCUCCUCUGUCCUUGCACUCCCCUCUCCUGGCUGCAUCCUCUCGGCUCCCGCACUUUUUGGCAGAGCAGAAGAGGGUGGGCGGAGGGUACGAGGGACAGCGGCCUCGGGGUGGACUUGCCAGCCGAAGGACUGGCCGGCCCAAGUCUAGCCCCCACCCCCGAGCUCCCACCCCUCCACCGGACAAUGCAGGGAGCGUAGCCUGGAAGGGAGAGUGCGUGCGGGGAGGUGUGACGGUCAGCAUGGCCCUGCACGCCCUCACCGGCUUCUCCCUGGUCAGCCUCCUGACCUUCGGCUACCUCUCUUGGGACUGGGUCAAGCCCAGCCUGGUGGCAGAGAGCCCGAUGGACGCGGCCGAAGAGAAGGCCUCCCCUCCGACGGCCUUCGCCGGGCCCCCCCACAUCAUUUUCAUCCUGACCGAUGACCAGGGCUACCACGACGUGGGCUACCAUGGGUCGGACAUCCAGACUCCCACCCUGGACCGGCUGGCGGCCGAGGGGGUGAAGCUGGAGAACUAUUACAUCCAGCCCAUCUGCACCCCGUCCCGGAGCCAGUUGAUCACGGGCAGGUACCAGAUCCACACAGGGCUCCAGCACUCCAUCAUCCGGCCCCGCCAGCCCAACUGCCUCCCUCUGGACCAGGUGACCCUGCCCCAGAAACUGCAGGAGGCGGGCUACUCCACCCACAUGGUGGGCAAAUGGCACCUGGGCUUCUACAAGAAGGAGUGCCUGCCCACCCGGCGGGGCUUCGACACCUUCCUGGGCUCGCUCACGGGCAACGUGGACUACUACACCUACGACAACUGCGACGGGCCCGGCGUCUGCGGCUACGACCUGCACGAGGGGGAGAACGUGGCCUGGGAGCAGAGCGGCAAGUACUCCACCCUGCUGUACGCCCAGCGGGCCGGCAAGAUCCUGGCCAGCCACGACCCCCGCCGGCCCCUCUUCCUCUACGUGGCCUUCCAGGCGGUGCACACGCCCCUGCAGUCCCCCCGCGAGUACCUCUACCGCUACCGGGCCAUGGGCAACGUGGCCCGGCGCAAGUACGCCGCCAUGGUGACCUGCAUGGACGAGGCCGUCCGCAACAUCACCCGGGCCCUGAAGAAGUACGGUUACUAUGACAACAGCGUGAUCGUCUUCUCCACCGACAACGGCGGCCAGACCUUCUCCGGGGGCAGCAACUGGCCCCUCCGCGGCCGGAAGGGCACCUACUGGGAGGGCGGGGUGCGGGGCAUAGGCUUCGUCCACAGCCCCCUGCUCAAGAGGAAGCGCAGGACCAGCCGGGCCCUGGUACACAUCACGGACUGGUACCCGACCCUGGUCUCCCUGGCCGGGGGCAACGUGUCGGAAGCGGAGGGGCUGGACGGCUACGACGUGUGGCCGGCGAUCAGCGAGGGGCGGGAGUCCCCGCGCACGGAGAUCCUGCACAACAUCGACCCGCUGUACAACCACGCCAAGCACGGCUCCCUGGAGGGCGGCUUCGGGAUCUGGAACACGGCCGUGCAGGCCUCCAUCCGGGUCGGCGAGUGGAAGCUGCUGACCGGGGACCCCGGCUACAGCGACUGGAUCCCCCCGCAGACGCUGACCAACUUCCCGGGCAGCUGGUGGAACCUGGAGCGGCUGACGGACGGCGCGCGCCAGGCCGUGUGGCUCUUCAACAUCAGCGCCGACCCCUACGAGCGCGAGGACCUGGCCGCCCGCCGGCCCGACGUGGUGCGUGCCCUUCUGGCCCGCCUGGCCUACUACAACCGGACCGCCAUCCCCGUGCGCUACCCGGCCGAGAAUCCCCGGGCCCACCCGGACUUCAAUGGGGGUGCCUGGGGCCCCUGGGCCAGCGAGGAGGAGGAGGAGGAGGAGGAGGAGGGCGAGGGCGAGGGAGGGUGGAGGAGUCGGGGCCCGUCUCGGGGCCGGAAGAAGAAAUGCAAGAUCUGUAAACUGCGCUCCUUCUUCCGCAAACUCAACACCAGGCUGAUGUCCAAUCGGAUCUGAUGAGGAGAGAGGGAGGGAGGGACCUUGGUCCCACCCUCGCCGGUUCCCUCACGCCACCGGUAUGGCCUCCCUGCUCCCCUCUGGCCCUGACCCACUGCCGGAGGACGCUGCUGCUGUGUCCUCCCCGGGGUCAGGCUGGAAGGGGACUGGGGCUUUCCCGGAACUACUGGGUGACUCCCCCAUCUCUGCCCUUCCCCGCUCCCUGGGGGACUCCUGGGACCCAGAGCCCCUCAUUUCCCUGCAGCCCGAGCAGCCCUCCGAGCGAGGGACUUUCAAUUCUCCUCUCCCUUUGCCUGCUUUCCCAGUGGGCAGGGGUCCAGUUGGACCUGCCAGCUGGUGGGACUCCCUGCUCCUAGACUGGGGGUCCGGAGCCGGUCCCGAAGCGGAAGAUCUGUGAUGCCAGGGUGGCCUGCAGUGCCUCAGGAGACCGGUGACGGAUACCCCUGCCCACCCAAACCCGAACCCCAGGGCUCCCCCAUUCCCAGCUUCCGCCAGCCCUUCCGGGAUUGAGGCCAACCUAGCCUCUGGUUCUGGGCCCCACGCCCCCUGGCUGGGCCUGCCUCUCCUGUUCAACAGGCUCGGAGAAGGGGUGAUCCCGGAGGCAGGCCGCAGCCUCCUGGGACAUCUCAGAUGUCCUGGCUUCCCUAAGGAGAAUCCCUGGCUUCCCGGAGAAUCCUGGCUGCACCGAGCAGCCAGCAAAAGGCUGGGCCUCCAAGGAAGCGAAUGGCAGCUUCCUGUCUGGAAAUAUGGAUCAGGGCCUCGGAAGCCUCCAGCCCGGGGCUCGGAACUGCUCGAAAUACCGGGUCGAAUCAUCCUGGGAUGCCGUCGUCUGAUCCAGAAUAACUUGGGCCCUGAAAAGACACGGUCCAGACCCCUCCGGCCACCCUCUCUCCAUCUCUCACCGCUGAUACCUUCAUGGUGUGGCUGGGCUUCCCUCCACUGAACUUCCCGGCCUCCUGUAGAGGAGGGCUGAGUGUGUACAGCUGCGUGUAAGAGGGGACUGGCCAACUGAAUGCAAGCACCCAAGUUGCGCAAGUGUGCACAAAUGUGUGAAUACAUACAUAAAACGGUGCAAAUAUCUGUCAGGGUUUUUACAGGUGUCUGAGCAUCUGUGCACAAAUGUAAGGACCUCAGGGAGUCAGUGCCUUCCCCCAUCGGUUUUAAAGUUCCUCACAGGUGCUUUCUUUUAUAUUCCCCAAGUGCCGGGCGCCGUGUUCAGCACACAGUUGGUGCUCAGUGAAUACUGUUGAUACUGAUAUAUGUGUGAGGAGAAGUCUUCCAAGUGCAAUGAUGUGUACAAAUAUACCUUUCAUACGUGAACAUU